GUUGGGCCGCCGGGGGUCCGCCAUGCUGUUGCUGGACAUGCUUCCGGGGGGCGCGGAUCGGUGUAACACCCCGAGGCCCGGAGCAAUGGUUCCGGAGAACCCCCUUUCCCCGCGCCUGGCCGGGGCGAGCCGGUCCCACGGGGGCCGGGCAGGGGACGAGGCGGGGCCGACAAAGAGCCCUGCCCCUCUUCCGUCCGCGGGGCAGGACCUGACUCAGAGGAGGCGGGGCCAAGGGGGGCGGAACCAAGGGAGCCAGAACCUGCGGGGCCGGGGGACGGAAUGGGAGCCGGACACGGAAGCCCCUCUCCCCAGCCCCCGGUCGCAGAGUCCAGAGCUCUCCGAUUUAGCCACCGUAGGUCCCAUCAUGGCGUUUCCUGAACCGAAGCCCAAGAAGCCAGAACUGCCAAAGAAGCUGGUGCAGAAUCUGGAGUGCAAACAGGGAGCGGUCAGGGCAGUGAGGUUUAAUGUGGAUGGAAAUUACUGUCUCACCUGCGGAAGUGACAAGUCCCUGAAGCUGUGGAACCCCCACAAGGGGACCCUCCUGAAGACCUACAGUGGCCACGGCUACGAAGUGUUGGAUGCGGCUGGCUCCUUCGAUAACAGCCAGCUCUGCUCCUGCGGGGCCGACAAAACAGUCGCCCUGUGGGACGUAGCCAGUGGGCAGGUGAUCCGCAAGUUCAGAGGUCACGCAGGGAAGGUGAACUGCGUGCAGUUCAACGAGGAGGCCACCGUGAUCCUGUCAGGCUCAAUUGAUUCCAGCGUCCGCUGCUGGGACUGCCGCUCACGCAGACCUGACCCCAUCCAGAUCCUGGAUGAAGCCAAGGACGGGGUGUCCAGCCUGAAAGUGUCGGAUUACGAGAUCCUCUCUGGCUCUGUGGAUGGCCGCGUCCGGCGCUACGACCUGCGCGCAGGGGAGCUGUACUCGGAUUACAUUGGAAGCCCCGUCACCAGCGUGUGUUUCAGCAAGGACGGGCAGUGCACGCUGGCUGCCAGCCUGGACUCCACCCUGCGCCUGCUGGACAAGGACACUGGGGAGCUGCUGGGAGAGUACACCGGCCACAAGAACACAGCCUACAAGCUGGAUUGCUGCCUGAGCGAGAAGGACACGCACGUGGCCAGCUGCUCGGAGGACGGGAAGGUGUAUUUCUGGGACCUGGUUGAGGGCUCCCUGACGCUGAGCCUGACCGUCGGCAGAGGCGUGGUCCAGUCCCUGUCCUUCCACCCCAGCGAGCCUGGCCUGCUCACGGCCACCGAGGGGCGCGUGCAGUUCUGGAGGGAGGAGACCCACACAGCAGAGGAGCAGCCGCCGGCCUGCUGAGCUGGAGCGUCAGGCGUCCCCCCAGCCGAUCACACACACACUCAGCCUUGGGCAGCUGCUUUAUUAAGACCUGUCUCCCAGUGGGGGCGGCCAGGACUGUAUGGGGGGCAGCAGCAGCAAGCCUCAGAGCAUAGCAUGUGAGGGGGCGGGGGGGUGAGGUGAGCCCGACUUCUUGCCCUACACAGCAGCUCAGUGCCCAGCCAUGCAGGAGUCCUGGGCCUGCCCUGCACCAGUGACCCUACAGCCCCCUCUAACCGCCUGGUUCCCCACCAUCACCCCACACUCCAGGGAGCAUCUGGAUACAGCCACAACUGGCUCAGAGCGCCUGGGGGUGGGGACACUUCAGAAGACAUUAAUGGGGGGCCCCACCCCACCCCCCAAGGCCUCUAACCAUCAUCUGUCUGGGGCUUUGUUUUUUUAAAUCUUUCCCAAAAUCUAUCCCCCAGGGCCCAGCACCAGGCUGGGCACAGCUACUGCUGCCAGGCGUCCUUUCCAUCGGUUAAGUACCCCACAGUCACCCUCCCCUGCCCCCGCUCCGUUCCAGCGAGGGCACGACCAGCGCCCCACAAGGAAGCUGACAGCUGGGCACCAGCCUCAGACAGGAGUGAAACUCUCUCUGUUUUCCCUGCGGCAGGCAGGAGCCAGAGCUCAGCGCUGCCGGGCGGUUCCCUCUCCACUGCAAAAGGGGGUAUUUGUAGCGCAGGUUAGAACAGAUGCGCCCGUGCUUCCAUCCCCCCAGGCUGCCCUUACGACAGGACUCUGCUAGCCUGUGCUAGGGGCGUUCCCCCCUCUAAGGCGCCAGGCACAGGACACGCAGCAGCGCAGCCACUGCCGUUAAUGGGUAGCAUGGAGCCGCUCGCCCCGGUGCAAGCCAGCUAGCUGGCUCUUCGCUGCUAACACCCCUGGGGCAGUGCAGUGGUUCUUUCCCAAAAGCUGAAUAAUAAAAUCAUGUUUAACAGGU